AUGCCUAACAUCUCGUUUGACAUAUUCUUCGACCAGGACUUUAUCAACGUCACUGCUACUCGAGGAAAGACUGCACCCAAGGCCAAACCUGAGUGGAAAGUCCGUUCUGCUCCCAAGCUCCCCCCUAAGGAGAAGCCAGUCGACCACAGCGGCGCUGUUCGCCCCCCCACUCGACCCAAGAUCAACGAAGGCCGGACGCAAGUCGGCAAGCCAGUUCCAAAGUCUUCUGAGACCUCGGACGCCGCCUCGCAGACGGGUGACGCAGCUCGACGCAAGCCUCCCAAGCUUGGUCCCAGCAAGAAGAACUCUGUUGCAGCACCGAACGGAAGCUCAUAG